CCUAAAACAAGGGUACACUCGUACUGUAAGGGCGCCAGUUGGCGUCUUGGCUCAAAGCACGGGGAAAGCGGUUGCCAGCCUAGAUCAGGGACCUCAAACGUCAUUCAUCAACGUUAUCUACUCUCCUUCUCUUUUCUUACUUGUGCAACUCUUCUAGACGCUAUUCGGUCUCACAACCUUCUCCCCCCUUUUCCCCCUAAUUCAUGCCUGGAAGAAUUGUCGAUGAAAUGGAAGUCGACUCUCCCGCCUUGGCAAGCGGACCAGAGCUCGUCGACCAAACAAUCAACCAAGCCGCCCGAGAGGAAGACCCUCAUUCUAAUCUAGAUCGACUCCUUGAAACAUUCCUCUCAUUCCUCCUCCGUGCAUGCCUAUCACGAUCCAAAGGAGGAGAAAACGAAGCUUACCUCCGACCGUGCCCAAGCCAAAGCCUAAACUACAUCUCUAAGAAUUCAUCAACAUACUUUUCAUCCCCGGAUCUAGAGCUCGCCGACCCGCUGCUGUACGAUAGGUUAAUCCGCCACUACCAAACGCCAUCUGAGCGGGAGGCAGAAGGCCGGAGUAAGGGCUGGUCCGGUAUACUCGAAGCCGACAUAACCCGCUCAGAGGCCAAAGUUGAAGCACUCCGCGAAAAUCCCCAGGAAACGCUAGAGUCGCGGGCAGAGACGAACCAGGGGCAGACGGUAUCGUCGAAGGAGGAAGCCGAGCAGGUGUGGCGGGAGACCAUGAUACUACGGUUUCUGGAAGGGAGAGAUGAAGAGGCGGAUUAUGCGACUAUCGACGGGAACGAGGAGUACGACGAUUACAGGCAGAUAGAGAGGGAUGCUCAGGAUGUCUACUUUGACGCCGAGAGUCCGUCGGUGGAGGGGUCCACGAUUGGUGAUACCGGUAUUCAAGAUUUUUGAAUAGUGUUGGGCAAUUACGAUAUCAAGUGCAAAGAGUCAUUCGGAUUGGAUUAUAAUUGAAAGAGGUGCCUUUUUCUAGGCUAUUUCAUCACUUCUGAGAUUCCACAAUAUUUCAUCUCAACUUAUGGCACACCUAGUUGCUACCCAAAACGUUUAUUUUGACCCCAAUUGUAGAGGUCUCCGGGAAAACCCUGUUUUUCUUCAGAGCGGCAUGUCUAGUUGGCACCAAAAUUAAAUAAUCAAGUUGUAAUAACAA